AUGCCUUGCAAGUCCUUUGUGGUUGUGCUCUGCCAUGGCUCUUACCAUACUCCUGCCCCGUACCAAGCUCUUGUUGAUGCCUUAACUGCGAAGGGCAUCGAGGCUCAUUGUCCCCAACGGCCCACUUGUGAUCUCAGUCAGCUUAAUAUUGGCAACCCUAGCAACCCUGAUUUUGAUCGCAGGGCUCCCCCAGGAGGCUAUCCACUCCCCGCAGAUGAUGCGACAGAGAUCGGGCUGCUGCUAGACAAGUUGAUUGCACAGGGAAAGUCGGUGCUACUUGCAGGACACUCUUCCGGUGGCUGGGUUGCUGCUGAGGCUGCACAGUCUCAUCGCCAAGCUCCUGUCCGCCUAAGGGAAGGAAAGACUGGUGGUGUCAUUGGAAUCUUCUUUAUCGGGGCAUUUAUUGUUCCCCAAGGCCAAUCAGUGAACUCAUUCUUUCAACCCCCGGGCGGUAAAGUUGUUGUGCCUCCGUUUAUGCAAUUUCAUAAACACGGUGUCAAUGGUCUUGGCACCAUGGUCGACCCUGAAGAAUACCUCUUCAACGACCUCGAUAGUGCCACUGCAAAGAAGUGGGCAUCCACGUUGACAGCAGCUCCUGUGAUGAACAGUCCCCUUACCCACAAUCCUUAUGACGUGCUCCCAUGCGCCUAUGUUGUGUUAGAAAAGGACCGUACAUUACCAAAGGAGUACCAAGAAGGAAUGGCGGCGAGUCAGAGCAAGCCGUUCACGAUCUACCAUGCACCCUGUGGUCACUCACCACACAUAAGUUGGACAAAUGAGCUCGCUGCGAAGAUGGAGGAAUUUGGAAACCAGGUUCUAGCUGAAAGAAGCACGACAGAUUAA